AUGUUAAAUCAUUUAAUAGAAGUCACUUGGAUGUCUUACAUUUUAAAGUCAAUGUGAAAUGUGGUAUGCAACCCAUUUUUAUUUGUUUAUUAAGUUAUAUGAGGUCCUACUAAGCAAGAUAUUUGAAAAUCAGCUGAAAUUACUUGAAAUUAUUAUACUUAAUAUGUUCCAUUCCAUUGGGAAUAAAUUGGAUCAGAAAAAAAGUUGGUGUUCCUUUACAUACCAUAAUUGAGCCAGACCACACAAGAAUGAAAUAAUGCCAAAGUAAUGAAAGUAGCUAAUUAACUCUUAGUUAACAUUUUCCCAUUGCUAUGUGACAUCAGUGGAAAAAUGUAAGUAGUUUCUGAAGAAUAUAAAAAAUUGUGAAAAUAACUUGAGUAUCUGAAACAUGCAAUGAUUAAUGGUUAUAUUGCAUUAAAGUAGAUGGGUCAAUUUAUUUUAUAUUUUUUGACCAAUUCAUGACGGUUCAAUCUCUGAUGUUAGUAAAGAAAAAUAACAGGAUGUGAAGCUAUGUUUACAUCCUAAUAUGUUAUUUUGGAACAUCUGACUUCUUCUUAGUUUGGUGAAUGUAGCUGGAUUGUCCUUGUCCCAUGCAUCCAUUCGUGUUCUAGAAGAGAGAAAGAAAAGGACCGAAAAAGGGAGGAGAUGGAGCAAGAGGGGAGGGAAAUGUGUUUGUGCAAAUAUCUAGAGUUUUUUAAGGAAAACCCACACAUUCAGAAGCUUCCAUAAGCCUUUCCGGACAACACAGAGGCAGCUAUUUUUCUUCCACAACUGUAUUGGUCUUUAUUUAUUUUGCCUACAGUACCUGUAGCUUGAAGUGUUGGGGUCAAAGUGCAUCAGAGAAAGGAAGUAAAUCCAGCAGUCUUUAGAGGAAGUAUGUCACUCUCUCUGCACUUUGUUUUUCUGCUCCUGACUGCUCUUUGGGGCAGCAGUUGCUUCGCCAAGCCCGCCCCAUUCAACGUGUCCAUGGAGGGUAGUGGGGAUGAACCCGAACUCAUCUUUCCCAUUGCUCGUACCACCCAUGGUCCUCCAUCCCCCCCGCCACCUCCCAACAUAACAGCCACUUUCAUCCGCAUCAAAGACUUCCUUUUCAACCAGGUGGUGGACUUCCUGAAGGAGAACUUGCUUCUCAUCAUUGUCGUGACCUCUCUGUUGGUAGUCAUCAUCUUCAUCGUCUGCUGUGCUUCAGCGAUGAGCCACAAACGCAAGCUUGAGGCCUACUAUCCUCCGAAGACCUACACACCCAGGAAAUACAUGAGUCAACCUAGUAAAGAUGUGGAGAAACCACAUAACCAGAUUCAGGAUGGUAAGACAACAACUGCAAAGACCCUACGAGAACCCACCAAAGCAUUGGUGGGUGAGAAGGAUGGAAAAGACCCCCGGCCAAAGCCAAAAGAGGUCCAAAAGGUGGAGGAUGUUGAAGUGGUGGAGAUGCAGAAAGAUGAGCCCAAGAAGAAAGAGGAGCAUCAGCCAACCACCUCAAAUGUCACCUCCAGUCAGCCGCUGGUCUGUACGUGUCACCUCAGAAAGGCCAAUCACAACACAGCGUGAGAGCUUUUUCUGAACCUGCAAGAAUGAGCUGGAUUCCAAAAUGUUUCUAUAUAAA